AUGGAAAGCACUCACUCCGUCCUCCAAUUGCAUAAACCCAUUAUGGAACUCUGCUACGUCAGCUUUUACCUUCCUGGGGGUAAUGUCAGGGGAUUCACUUACAAACGCUGUGUAACUCGAGACAAAGCCAGAAUAUGUUUUGAAAACUGUUAUCAAAUAAGGAAAGAGACAGAAGCGGCAGAGCAGAAAAAUCCACCUUAUGAAAGCUUCACAGAGGCCUUAAAGCAAACCACAACCCAGAGCAUCCUUGCAGAGCACUACAAGCUUACAGCUGCAAAAGACAGGCUGCUGGUUCAUCUUCUCCACUCCAUCAGGAAUACACGUGCCAAUAUGGGUAACCAGGAUGGCAAAUUUCAAGACAUUCCAGCAGAUUAUAUAUUCCCAGAAGGGGAGACCCCUGACCACAUGGAUUUUCAGGAAUCAUUUUCAGCCUCUGUUGAUAAGAGGGGCCACUCAUCUAAAUUAAAGAAGGGCAGGAGAUUUAGUAAGAGGAAGGAGAGUAUUGAGGACUUUGUGAACAAAAAGAUAAAGUGGAAAGGGCAAGUAGCCCAGGAGACUGUGGGGGCCCAGGGCAGAGAUAGAGCAAGGGUUUCCCUGAGUGACUCUGUGGAUUCCUUAACACGCCCGAGACUGCAGUCUGUUGAGAACACAGAUAGUGUUGUACCAGGACACUCAGUGAGCAGUGCUCAUGUUGGAGAAACAAGCUUUAAGAGCUCAGGGAUGCGUUCUUCUGAUGUAGCAAUGGGCAGCUCCUUUUCUUUGUAUGAUAAUGAUGUAUUUUCUGACUUUUGUCUGCUUCCUCACAGUGACAGCCUUCUGGGCGACCUGCAGGGAGUUAUGCAAAACAUGAAGGUAGAUCACAGUACUCCAGUGCUGCAGGGCAGUCCACCCCUUAAAAUCCCGACAGAACAUCAUGACAAUGAUAAAACAUCCAGUCAGAGCUCAGUUGUUGCUAGAGUGCAGGAAAUCAGGCCCUGUGUGCAGAGAGUGCUCACCACCUACAGUUACACUGGGGAUGAAAGCAGAGAAGGAACGUAUGAGCAAAUCAAUCCUAUCCACUCCACUUUACCUAAUGAAUUCAUGUCUAAGGUGGAUGUGUUUACAGUACAUGACCAAGGUCAGAGGCAUCAAAUUGGUUUGCAGGGCAACGAGAGGCCUCAUUUAGGAGCAAGGGAAAAUGAGAGGCAACAGCAGUUAAGUCAAGACAUCAGUUUAUUAUUACAAACUAAUGAGUCACAGUGUUCUCAUGGAUUUGUUAAUAAAAGUCUCCUCAGGGUACUACAAAGUGACAGUGUGGAGGAGACAGAGUAUUGGCUGGGGCAGUUAGAUCAGAGGGGAGAAACAAGCAGUAAAGUUUCCAACCGGCAAAAGCAGGAAAGCAGGCUACCAGAAUCCUUAACUCCCCCUACAAUCUAUAAUCAGAGCUCUAGCAAAAGGGCAGAAGAGGAGACCCCCAACGAUCCAUCAAUUGUACAUGAUGUGGUCAGUAACUCAGUCUUAUCCAGUAGUAAAUACAAACGGAUUUCUCCUAUUCCUUCUCCUGGAACCUCUCGCUUACCAAGCCCCCAACUUCACCACAGAAUUCUCCUGCUACCCUCUUUAACAUCUGAAGAGGAUCCAGCUUUAUACAGCAGAGAGGCACCAUCACGUCAGAUACAGGGGAGUAAAGCCAAAGAUUUCCCUACUCCUGAUAAAGUAUUUCAAAAACAAUUUGAAGAUGGAAGAACAAACAUCCUGCAGCUGGACCUUCCUCCUACAGGAGGUGGGAGCUUAAGGAAGGACAACUACAAAUUAUCACCUGGUUCGCCAAGCUGUUUUGGUGAAGAGGGAACCUGUGUGUUUGAUAUCCAGUCUGACGAUCUUCCUAACUGGAACCAGCAAGGGAAGCCUGACAGGAAUGUUCUGCACUUGACAUUAGAAAUACAGAUGCCACGUGCCUCUAGUUUGUCCAAUAACAUGGAAAAGGAAAAAGUUGAUGCCAAAGACCCCCAGUCUGAGCUAACUGUAGAACCAGUUACUCCAGAUGAGGCUACUACAUCACGGAAAAGUACAUUUUCCAUAAAGUCAUUUUUUGGGUUUUCUACUAAGCUUGAAACCACAAAACAGAAAGAUGAGAGGGCAGUAUUGAAAGCUUUUAGAACUUUAGGGAAUAAAAAUGCACAGGCAGACACCCCUGACUGUGAGCACAGUAUAGAACAAGGAGUACAGCCUAACACGGAGAGGUCAUUGACUCCUGAGGACUUAGAUGGACAAACUAGGCAGGGGGACGAAGAGCAUCAUUUGCAAGAGCAGAAGGAUGAAAAAAAGGAAGUGUACACAGAGUGCUUGAAUUCUUCAGACAUUUGUAAAGAUCUAAACAGUUCUAUGAUUUCCUCAAACGAUUACACAGACAUUUCUGCCCCUUGUCAAGCAGAUGAUGAUGAUGGCCUGCUUGUACGAGGCACUCUUGUGCACACAACAAGUGAUACAGAGUCAGACAGUGAAAGCUCUGAACAAGUCAUAAGCCAAAAACUUACAAGUCUUUCAAAGUCCAGCAAUCAUUCUGGAUCUCACGUGUCACUGGACAAAGAGGAACCAGACACACAACAGCAAAGAGAUGCUGGUUCUGUAGAGAAUAAUAUAAAGAAGGAAGUGGAUCAGGAAAUGCCUGAAUGCAAGGACAUCACUGGAAGUACAGAUUCAAAUGACAGCCCAAAACUGACCUCAAUCACUCCUAGUACAACUGCUCCUCAUUUAGACUCACAAACUGAAAAGACAUUUCAGCUCCCAGCAUUUUUUAGUGGCCUCAGUGUACACAAAAAGGGUUCUUCUCUAGAAGAGCGAGAGUCAGUUACUGUGAAACCAGGGGAUACUGAUCUGGCUUUGCUCAAGCUGUCUCAGCCAGUACAGAAGUCCAUAAUGCCUCUUGGAUCUCCCAUCAAGAAACAAGAGUUAAAGAAGCCAGCUGAGCUCAAAGAAACUUCUAGCUUUAUGGAACAGCUUUCUCAACUGUUAAAUUUUGAUAACCCUAAGCAAGAAGAAGAGGAUAUUUCUCAGGAGGACAGACAGGAGGCCAGCAUGGCACAUAAUACAGAAGUUCUCACAGAGGAGAAAUUGGAGAAUGCCUCCCAUGAAUCUACACUAGAUGCAAUUAGAUCCUUUUUUACAGGACCCUCAAGGAAAGUGACACUGAUCUCCUCAGAUCUGGAGGCUGUGAAACGCAAGCAGAAGAAUGAGAAGGAGACUUUGAAGUCUAUAUUUGACAAGACCAGACCCACAGACACAGAGCCAUCAUCGCCAGAGAGAAAAAAUCCGGACCAUAGCCCUUCUGAUUCUGAAGAUCGAACCCCUGGGAGACUCCAGGCUGUCUGGCCCCCUCCAAAACCUAAAGAUGAGGAGGAGAAAGUUGGUUUGAAGUACACAGAAGCAGAAUAUCAUGCAGCAAUCCUUCAUCUGAAGCGGGAACACAAGGAAGAACUGGAGACUUUAAAGUCCCAGUGGGAAGUAGAGAUUUUCAAUGUACGAGGGGAACAUGCUGUCCAGAUCUCCAAACUGGAAGAAACCAUCAAGGAGCUGCAGGAAAAGUUUGAAAAUAGGGUCAACAACUGUAAAGGAGAAGCCCGAGAUGCUUGUAUAUCAACUGAGGAUGAAAACCCACCAAAGACUUUCCGUAAUGUGUAUAUCCAGACAGAUCGAGACACCUUCCUCAAGCCCAGUGAGGAGGACAGCAAAACUGUCAAGAACAAUCACAUUCUACCAAAGAAGCUAAACAUUACGUCUUUGAGCCAGAAUUUAGCAAGUCCUACUGAAUCUCGGGAGCCUGGGAUAUUCCAACCUCCUCCCCCUCUUCCUGGUGCUGUUUCCAUGCCUCCACCUCCUCCCCCCCUUCCCGGUACUGUUUCUAUACCUCCCCCUCCCCCUUUGCCAGGUUUGGGUCCUCCUCCACCCCCUCCAUUGCCUGGUUUAGGUCCUCCUCCACCCCCUCCAUUACCUGGUUUGGGUCCCCCACCCCCACCCCCUUUUCUCCCAGGCUCUGGUCCUCCACCUGCUCCUGCAUUUCUUUUUGGAGUUUCAGCUCUGAACAAAGCCCCUCGGAAACCCCCAAUAGAACCAAGCUGCCCUAUGAAGCCACUUUAUUGGACAAGGAUACAAGUAAAGAGCGAAAGUAACAGCCCCACCUUAUGGGAAAUACUGAAGGAGCCCAGCAUUGUAGAUACCAAAGAAUUUGAGGAGAUGUUUUCAAAAGCCAAUGUCCAGCAAAAGAAGAAACCGUUGUCAGAAUCAUAUCAGAAGAAAACAAAGGCCAAGAAGAUAAUAAAACUUCUGGAUGGAAAGAGGUCUCAGGCUGUUGGGAUUCUCAUAUCUAGUCUGCACCUGGACAUGAAGGACAUUCUUCAGGCCAUUCUGAAUGUGGAUGAUUCUGUGGUGGAUCUGGAAACCCUUCAAGCUUUAUAUGAAAAUAGAGCCCAGAAAGAGGAAGUUGAGAUGAUCAAGAAACAUUAUGAAAAUUCAAAAGAUGAGGAUGUGAAGUUACUGGACAAACCUGAACAGUUCCUUUACGAGUUAUCUCAGAUACCAAAUUUUUCAGAGCGCUCACAGUGUAUUAUCUUUCAGUCUACCUUUGCAGAAGGAAUUGGCUCUGUAUGUAGAAAGGUGGACAUUAUUAUCAGGGCCUGCAAGGGUUUACUAGAGAUGGAUAGUGUUAAAGACAUUAUGGGUCUGAUACUUGCUUUUGGAAACUACAUGAAUGGUGGUAACAGGACAAGAGGACAGGCAGAUGGCUUUGGGCUUGAAAUUCUUCCAAAACUGAAGGAUGUCAAGAGCGCGGAUAAUGGAAUCAGUCUUAUGGAUUAUGCUGCCCGGUAUUACAUACGACAUGUUGACCCGAAUGGUGGGACAGAGAAAAGCAUUUUUCCACUCCCUGAACCUCAGGAUCUCUUUCAAGCUUCCCAAGUGAAGUUUGAGGACGUUGAAAAAGAACUGCGAAAGCUCAGAAAAGACCUGGAAGUUUGUGAGAAACAGGCAACGGUAGUUAUAAAAAACUCCUCUGAGGAUCAUCUGCAGCCUUUCAAAGACAAAAUGGAGGUUUUUGUGCAAAGAGCAAAAGAAGAACAUAAAACAGAAGAAAACAAUUUGAGUAAAGCUCAGAGCAGCUUUGAAGAAACAGUUGGAUAUUUUGGGUUGAAGCCAAAGGCCGGUGAGAAGGAAAUCAACCCCAACUCCUUCUUUGCAGUGUGGUACGAAUUCUGCGGUGACUUCAAGAGUGUGUGGAAACGAGAGAGCAAGACCCUCACCACAGAAAGACUCAAAAUGGCUCAAGAAUCCAUCAACAAACUAACUGCAGAAAAGAAGGUGGAGACAAAGAAAAUCAACCCAGCUGCCAGUCUGAAAGAAAGACUGCGUCAGAAAGAAGCCAGUGUAAGUGGUAACUGAGUCACCGAAGUGUGCCCAAAAAGAUGUCUCAGAGAGGUGUCAGCCCAAGCUCCGGAUAACAGAAUAUUAGUGCCAAGAGCACCUGCAACAAAAAAAAACUUACUAUAAAGGUUACAUAGGUCAAAGGCUAUAAGAAGGGAAGGUUAAUGCAUUGGAUGCAUUAGUUAAAAAGGUAAAUGCAAAGAAUAUGUAACUAGUUGCCUGUGAGCAUCUAGAAUGUGUGUUGCUAUGUACAUAACGUCAUAUUGCGGCCCUUACCUACAUGCUGUAUAUAUAAUCAGUGUACAUCAUACACACAUUGAGACGACAGUAAACACUAAAGAAAAUGUGGUACUGAACAAAUAUAUGAAUAUCCUACUUUU